AUGGCCGCCAACCGCCUUGACUCUCCCCCUGAGCCCUCCCAAACUAACCAACAACCACCGCCGCCGCCGUCUUCUCCCCCUAGCCCUUCUUCGGGCCGGUACAGAGGUGUCCGGGCCCGGAGCGGGAAGUGGGUGUCGGAGAUCCGGGAGCCCAAAAAGACGACCCGGAUUUGGCUGGGGACGUACCCGACCCCGGAGAUGGCAGCCGCAGCAUACGACGUCGCAGCGCUGGCGCUCAAGGGGCCCAACAACACCCUCCUCAACUUCCCCAACUCCAUCUUCUCCUACCCUAUCCUCCCUCCUUCCGCUUCCGCCGCCGACAUUCGCGCGGCCGCCGCCAGAGCUGCCCUCGCCCUCCUGCCCAAACCGGUUUCGGUCCCAACCGCCGCUGGUCCGGCCGCCGCCUCGGAGGACGAGGAGAGAGUGAUUAUUGAGGACAUGGAUGAGCUGCUCAACAUGCCGAACCUGCUGGUGGAUAUGGCGGGAGGGAUGAUGGUCAGCCCGCCGCGGAUCCAUACGACGUCGUACGAACCGCAGGAUGAUUCGUACGGCGGCGGCGGGGAGUCGCUCUGGUCGUAUCACUUGGGAAAGUGA